GUGUCUGUUUAUUUUGGAAAAUAAAGUUUUGGUUACUUUUGCUUGUAAAAAGUUUUUAUAUUUAUUUUACUUUAUGAAUUCAAAAAUGCGGAUUUCUUGAUCUAUGAGUUUCACGUAUUUACAAAUUCACGAGUUUUGGACAUAAAUUCACGGCAUAAAUUUGAGGUUAUAAAUAACGAUAGAGGUUAGGUUUAUGAGAACGUGUUUAAAUCUUGGAGUUUAAAUUCACGAAAACACAAUAAAAAUGGGAAAAUCACAACAUUCCGAAAGUGAGGAAGAAAAUUAUAGUGAUUAUGGAGAAGAUAUGCUGGAAAUGGUUGAAGAGGAAGACUUGGUUUUCCUCAAAAAUGCGAUAACUUCUAAAUCAUACAACAUUUUUAAUAAAGUCAAGUAUUCAGAAGCCAGUGCUCCUAAACCAAAAAGGCGCCGAUUAAAUGAUGAAGAAUCGGAUUUGGAAAAAGAAUUUGAAGAGCAAACUGUUGAAGAUGUUCCUAUGAAAAAUCUUUUGCCCAUAAAAACUAAAUUUGGAAUUGUACCACAACAAAUCAAGGACGAGUCCGGUGAAAAAUCUGAAGAUGAGGUUGAAGUUGAGGAAGACACGGAAGAGCAAUUUGAUCUUGUUGAGAAUAAGCUUGAUGUUUCAAAACCAAUUCCUGCAACACACUUAUUAGCUGAACGACAGAAAGUUUUGAGAGAGAAAAAAAUUCAUAUAGGAACAUUGAGUGCUGGUGUAUUAGAAAACCCCGAGGAAAAAGUGACGAAUUUAAGAACUUUAUUGAAAUUAAUGGAUGAAGAAAGCUGCGAAGUGUUUUUUACAGUCAGAAAAUUGGCCACUGUGUCACUUUUAGAAGUAUUUAAAGACGUUUUACCUUCAUAUGAAAUUAAAAAAAUUAAUAGUGAUGGAGUGAAAUUGAAAAAGGACACUUUGAAAUUGCAAAAGUAUGAAGAAAGUUUGGUACAAUAUUACAAAAAGUUUUUACAAAAACUUGAAAAGAACUCUUCAGUUUUACUUAAGAAAAAGGGUGACACAAGAACAUUUCACGAAGAGGAAAUUAAAUUGGCUGAGUUAGCAGUGCAAGCAUUAUGUGACUUAUUAGUUGCACAUCCUUAUUUUAACUACGCUCAAAAUAUAGCACAAGCUGUUGUACCCUUUUUGAACAACCCGAGAAGUAAUAUAAGGGAAAUUGCAAAAGUUGCAAUCAAAACCGUUUUCAAAGAGGAUAAAAGAGAAGAAAUUACAUUAAAAAUUUUGAGAAUAAUCAAUGCAUAUUUGAAAAAUCGUGCUCACAAUGUACAUCCUGAUAUGUUGGAAACAUUUCUUGUGCUUAAUUUACGAGAUGUGAAUUUGGAUGAGGAAAAGGAACAAGAUAUUAAGCAGAAAAAAUUGAUGGCACGAAAACAGAAAGUCCUACAAAUGUCCAAAAAAGAACGUAAAAGAAAGAAAAAGCUUCAAAUGUUGGAACAGGAAUUGUUAGAAACAAAAGCUGAGGAAAACAGACAAGCAAAACAACGUAAUUUGACAGAAAUCACAAAAAUAGUUUUUGGGGUUUAUUUCAGAAUUUUGAAAAGUUCCACCAACAAUAAAGUCCUAGGAGUUUGUCUAGAGGGUCUUGCAAAAUUUUCUCAUUGCAUAAAUAUCGAGUUUUAUUUAGAUCUUGUAAACAUAUUGGACAAUUUGCUGAAAGAGGAGUGGAUAGGCUAUAGGGAGCAAUUACAUUGUGUCCAAACAGUUUUUUCAAUUUUAAGUGGACAAGGGGAAGCUAUAAAUGUUGACCCCACGCGCUUUUAUACCAAUUUGUAUAAAGGUCUCCUCACAACAAACGCCUCGAAAAGCCACCCAAAUUUUCUUAUUCUCUUGAAAACACUAAAUGAUGCUUUAAUUAAAAGGCGCAAAAAGAUAACAAACAAAAGGACGCUUAGUUUCGUGAAACGCUUGGCUACUCUUAGUUUACAGUUGUUACACAAUGGCAGUUUAGGCAGUUUGGGCCUUAUUAAAAACACAAUGCAACUUAACAGAUCAGUGGACAUCCUCUUAGACUUGGAUAAUUCAUUUGGAGACGGCAAAUAUCAACCAGAACUGGAAGACCCUGAAUAUGCUAACGCGUCUAGUACUGGUUUGUACGAAUUAAAUUUAUUGGCGAAACACUAUCAUCCUGUUGUUAGCAAAUAUGCUAAGAAUGUAGCAUUUGGGGUUCCCGCCACGGGAGAAGGAAGUCUUGACCCUGAAUAUGCGAAAUGCACUCCUGAGCAACUGUACCACGAUUUUGAUAUGUCUGAAAUGGCAUUCAACCCCCCUGUACCUAUACCCAAAAAAGCUGCCCCUAAAGAUAAACAUCAAAAGCACUUAUUUGCCGAUACGACGUUCGAGAAUCAUUGUAAAAGUGUAGUUAGGGCUCAUUUGAAACGAAAAGGAACUUUAUUGUAAAAUAAAUAUUUAAUUUUUAAA